ACUCUGUUUCUAAUUAACAUGCAAAAAGGGGAACCAGGGGAUUAAGAGUUCUGACCAGAUUUCUGCUUUACCACUGUCAUUAGUAAUCAAACAGAAAAUUGUGCAAAAGUGGGAGCAUGAUCCUGUUUUUAUUGCAGUCACUGGUGGUUUUACUAUCCAUUUCUUUGAAUAAAAUUCCUGACCCUAAGCCCUUUCAGUUUUGUUGUCUAGAAGUGUAGGCCUGCUUUUAGUCAUUUAAUUAUCCUUUUUAUAGGAUAAAUUUCCUAUUUAUUUGUACAAAAGAAACUACAACUAUUCUUUCAAGGGCUUAAGUGCUGUCUGGAUGGGUGGUCUUAUUCUUCUUAAAAGACAAAAGUGUUGAAAAUAACAUCUAGUCCUGACAUUAUUUAUCUAUUUAUGGCUUCAUAUUAAAUGUCAGAUUGUCAUUCAGGGUAGACUUUAAAAGUUAAAAACCUUUAAUUUGGUUUAUAAAGUAGACCCUGAUUAUAUGGGACUUGUGUUACCUUCCCUGAAAUGAUUUCUUUCUGUAGACAACUGGAUGAUUUUUAGCUGUAAUUUCUAGGUUGUUUUUUUUUCAGUAUUUUUGUAUUUGUUUAAGUAAAAGAAAUCAAAUAAUCCUAGGCAGAAAAGCAAAUUACUAAAAGAUAUAGUUUACUGCACAGGUCUUCAGUGAUACAAGGAGAUACUCUGUAUCAAAAGGCUAUAAUUAGCAACAAACUAGAUGAAUUCAACAAAUAAAGAAUUCAACAUAAAUAUAAACCUUUGAUGUUCAGAAUAUUGAACAGGAAAAUGUAAGAGUGAGAUUCUGUUGCCAUCGAGAGCAAUGCAGAAUGCACUAAACAGUGAAAAUAGCUUCACACAUGCACAGAAUCAGUAUUAUACCCAAAGACCCCAAUCCAAAUGCAUAAACUGGACUAAUUUGUAACAGCAUCUCUUCCCAUUUUUUUCCUUAGAUCUUAAGAAGACAUCAAGAUUCCAGUGAAAGAUCACUGUGCUGUGCAAUUUAUUUAUAUAUAAGGAAAUUACAGUCCUUUUCCAUAAACAUUAGAUUCUAAAUCUGUAUGCACAUACAAAUAUUUAAAAAUUUUAAACUAAUUUUGAAUUUGAUACUUCAAUUUAACAGAUGCAUUUUUUUAGUAAAUCAGAUAUGAAAAGGCAUCACAAUAGUGUACUGUAACCUGCAGGAACUGUCCACUUUGUGAAAUGACGUAGAAAAUAUGGGACAGCCCAGUGCCACAUUGAGGGCUAAGAAUGUUAGCAUGGGACUGUGACAGUUUCUAAGGAAGGAAUCAGUCUGCAUAAGCACAGAGGUCUAGCACAGGUUAACAUACACACACACACACAAUAACAAAAGUAGACAUUUAAUUUUAAAAUGAGAGAAAGAAUGUGCCUCUUGCCUUUUCCAUCCUUCAGGUACAAAGGUUAGCUCAUACGUUCACAGAAUUAGUAGCUGAUUGGAGACUCCAGUGCAGAUGUAUUUUGUCCUGGUUUUCAGGGAUCUUUGCAGCUGCCUGCUAGAAUUCUUAAUGCUAGUACUAAGGCCUUAGCAUAAGGUCCUAUAUACACCUUUCUUAUGUAAGUAUUUGUAUAUAUUUCCUGUUACAAACUUAUCUUGAUUUAUCUGGUUCAUCUUGUAAUAACCCUUGCCCUGUUACCUUAGCCAUGGGUGGAAAUAAAAACUUGAACUUACAAUCCUUCUGUUACUCGGCUGGCUCCCAGGCCUGGAGUUUGUUCUAGAACAUUUCAGGAGCAAUUGUUUGUUCUUCACAUAAGAAACUUGCAUAAGAAGGUGUGUUGCCUGGUAGCCUGUCGCAGUCGAGGCGGGAGGCGACAUAGGUUUCAGGAUACCAGCUUUUUUUUUUUGCAACAGUGCAGCUACCUUUAUAUAGUCCUGGGUGACACAUGUACACACAGCAUUGGUUUACCACUAUCAUAACAACUUAUGAUUGGACACACAGCCACAUGUCUUAACACAAUAGGUUAACAUCCUAACAGGAAACCCACUCUGUGUCACAGUCCCCACUGUCCUUGGUUAACCCUCUGCCAGGUGUAAGAAGUUCCAUCUUCGGUAUCUCAGUUUACAGAGAGCCCAGAACCAGCUGGGCUCCCCCACAGUAGCCUUCAUUGCAUAUGUCAAGCUUACAUUGCCUUCUGUACAUUUAUGUCAGACUGAGACAUACAGUUGCAAUAUGACUGUUGAACCAAAGCAUUGCCUGUUGGCUGAGCUAGGAUAACUCAGUUUGCAUGCUUUUUGAUCAAUGACAAGUACAAAGCAAACACUUUAACCUAUCAGCGUCUAGAGGCCUAAAAGCUCCACCACAGGUUCAGGCUUCUGCCAGUAGUAAAUAGUUAUGCUGGGAUAUAUUAUUAAUAAAGUUAAAAAACCCAAAGCAUUUACUGAACCCAAGAAACUGGUUGAUUCGUAAAAGUAAAGAAGGUAACAAAACUACCUGAUUUUUAGAUCCAGAUUUUACUGCUUAAAAUCUGGAUCAAUGGCCAGUGGUGGUGAAUGGAGUUACCUCCAGCUGGCAGCCAGUCAUGAAUGGUGUUCCCUAGGGUUCAGUAUUGGAGCCAGUCCUGUCUAAUAUCUCUAUCAAUGAUCUGGAUGAGGGGAUCAAGUGCACUCUCAGUUAAUUUUCAGAUGAUACCAAGUAGGAUGGAAAUGUUGAUCUGUUUGAGGGACCAGCUGGAUAAAUGGGCUGAGGCCAGUUGUUGUACCUAGUGAGGCUAGUUGCUAUGCCAGUUGUUGUGCCUAGACAAGUUUUUCUCAUCAAAGAGGACUCAAUGGUAAUCUCUUUAAAUGAAGGCUUGUCUAACUCCUCCAUUCCCACCAAACAGGAAAAAAAACAGCUUCCAAAAAAAGCUUCCAUAUGUACAGAAGUAGUUUUUUCCAACAUGAUGGGGUUUGUUUUCCUGUGCCAAAUUCUGAUAUGGCAUUGCCUGUGGGAACUUUGGUUCUUUUCUCCUUAUCAUAUAGAAGAAGGCAGGCUCUAGGGUUAUACCCACACUUGUAAAGUCCUGCAGCGACAGGUGAGGGACGAAACGGCAGGUGAUAAGGUGCACUGGAAGCUGCAGUCCUAACCCUGCAUGCAGGCAAUUCAGGACACUGGUCGCCUGAGUCUGACCCUGGAGAUGACAGACUCACUUGGCAGCAUCCUGAAUGACCAAGCAGCCUUUUUCAAGGAGAGCACUGCUUGAUCCACACGGAGAGGGGCCUAGAAAAGGUGGUCUAACCAAAGCUCAUCUCCACCCUUCACCUGGUUGGUUAACUGAGGCCAAUGGGCAUCUUCUGUUGCAGUCAAAUAAAGAUUAAGAGUAAAAGGCAUACACCUGCCUUCAAAGGUGUACUCAAAUUAACACUCGCAUGCUGGAACAUCAGAACCAUGCUUGAUACUGCAAAAAGUGGCCAUCCUGAGUGUCGCUCUGCUCUAAUAGCCCAUGAACUGUCACGACUCAACAUCAACAUUGCUGCUCUCAGUGAAGUUCGUCUCCAUGAGGAAGGCAGCCUUAGAGAACAUGGUGCUGGUUAUACACUCUACUGGUCAGGUAAACCCAGUUCUGAAAGGCAUCUCUCAGGAGUUGGCUUCAUGAUUAAAAACUCUAUUGCCUCUAAACUCGAAAAUCUGCUGACUGGUCAUUCUGAUCGCAUUAUCUCCCUACACCUCCCACUACAAAACAAGCAACGUGCUGUUCUCUUUCGUAUAUAUGCCCCAACCCUCCAAGCUGACCCUGCCGAAAAAGAUAAAUUCUACGACGACCUACGACGCCUUAUCCAAAAGGUUCCUGCAGAUGAUAAGAUCAUUAUCCUUGGUGAUUUCAACGCCAGAGUAGGAAAGAACUCUGAAGCCUGGAAAGGAGUACUAGGCAAGCACGGUGUUGGGAACUGCAAUGAUAAUGGUUGCCUUCUGCUAUAGUUUUGUGCUGAGCAGCAGCUUACCAUCACCAACACUAUCUUUCAGCAGAAAGAUAGUCUGAAGACAACCUGGAUGCAUCCUAGGUCCAGGCACUGGCACCUCAUUGAUUAUAUCUCAGUCCGACAGAGAGAUAUCCGCAAUGUUCAUCACACCUGCGUGAUGCCUGGUGGAGAAUGCCAAACAGAUCAUCACCUUGUGCACUGUAAACUUAACCUCCACCUAAAGUUCAAACCUAAAAGGGUGGCAUUCCUAGAAGGAGACUUCAAGUUAACAGUCUUCAAACAGCUACAGUGAGGGACAGUUUCCAGGCAAAUCUUCAAUCCAGGCUCAAAGUUCAUUCCACAGAUCCCUCUCCUGAAGCGCUUU